UACCCGAGUACCACGCGAACAAUCCCCCCGAAAAGAAAGCACUGAGCCAGCGCGUGCUCCAUUUCUCGCUACUUUUGCCCACCAAACGCGGCGUGAACCGCCGCCGCCGGGGCCAUCUUCACCUCCCCCGCGGCCCCGAUCUCUCCUCCCACUCCCAGUUCCCACACGGGUGAGCUCGGCCUUCCUUCCUUCCUUCAUGCUCAGGGUUCCGUGGCUUUCUAGGUGUGCCUUCUUCACUGAACAAAUAGUUCUAAGAUCCUCCAUUUUUGUGGACAGUGAAGAAAAUCACAAUGUUCUUGCAUUAUGCAGCUGCGCCUAGAGACUGACAUCCUAUAGCAAGUUGAUUCUGGUACGCCAACCACCGCAAUGGCGUUCCCAGCCCUACCAGUUACCCUCACAUGCCUCAUACUGUUAUCUCUCUUGUCGCUUGCCAUGGCGGCUGAUAACAACUCCACUGGCCUCAUCCUCGUAAAUUGCGGUGCAUCAGUGCAAGGCGACGAUGAUAGUGGCCGUACUUGGGACGGGGACACCGGCUCCAAGUUCGCGCCAUCAUUGAAAGGAGUUGCAGCCACUGCUCCAAACCAAGACCCUUCGCUCCCCUCCACGGUCCCUUUUAUGACCGCACGCAUCUUCACUUCAAACUACACAUAUUCCUUCUCUGUCAAACCAGGCCGCAUGUUCUUGCGCCUCUACUUCUAUCCGGUUGCUUAUCCAAACUAUGCCGUCUCAGAUGCCUUCUUCAGUGUCACGACGCCGAAACUUGUCCUCUUAAAUGACUUCAGUGCUUCGCAAACAGCUCAGGCGAUCACUUCUGCCUUCCUUGUGCGUGAGUUCUCGGUGAAUGUUUCUUCAGGAUCCUCCUUGGACCUCACCUUCGCCCCAUCUGCACAUCGCAAUGGUUCUUACGCAUUUGUGAACGGCAUUGAGAUUGUGCCCACUCCUGACAUCUUCACAGCACCUGACACAAGAAAUGUCGGUGAUAACACAGCCCCAUUCUCAUUCGACACUAGCUCGAGCCUCCAGACUAUGUACCGGCUCAAUGUCGGGGGCCAAGCCAUUUCCCCGAAAGGUGACUUGGGGGGCUUCUACCGCUCAUGGGCCAAUGACGCCCCGUACAUAGCUGGUGGCUCUGGGGUGACCUUCUCCAAAGAUGAUAAUUUGACCAUCACUUAUACAUCCAAAGUGCCGAAGUACACGGCGCCACCUGAUGUCUAUGGUACAGCUCGGUCGAUGGGGCCAACUGCACAGAUCAACCUCAACUACAACCUUACAUGGAUUUUACCGGUUGAUGCGGGGUUCUUUUACCUCCUAAGGUUCCAUUUCUGUGAGAUUCAGUAUCCUAUUAUCAAGAUCAAUCAGAGGUCCUUCUUCAUCUACAUCAACAACCAGACAGCUCAGGAGCAAAUGGAUGUCAUCGUAUGGAGCGGAGGAAUCGGUAGAACAACAUACACGGACUAUGUUAUCAUGGCUGCUGGUUUCGGUCAGGUGGACAUGUGGAUUGCACUCCACCCUGAUCUUUCAAGCAGACCAGAGUAUUUUGAUGCAAUACUGAAUGGUCUGGAGGUCUUCAAGCUACAGAAUUACGGAUCACCGAACAAUCUUUCUGGGCUCAAUCCUCCACUUCCACAAAAGCCAGCUGAUGCCAGUCCCAGCGCGGCAUCUGGCAAAAUGAAAUCGGUCGCGGCCAUCAUAGGUGGAGCUGUUGGUGGUUUCAUAGUGCUACUGGCCGCGUGUUUUGGCGUUUGCAUCAUCUGCAAACGAAAGAACAAGAAGAAGAAGAAGACAUCCAAGGAUCCUGGUGGUAAAUCUGAAGAUGGUCACUGGACUCCUCUCACCGAGUACAGCGGAUCACGAUCAGCCAUGUCGGGAAACACGGCCACCACUGGGUCGACACUGCCAUCCAAUCUCUGCCGCCACUUCACUUUCGCCGACCUUCAGACCGCCACCAAGAACUUCGACCAAGCCUUCCUGCUCGGCAAAGGUGGGUUCGGGAACGUGUACCUCGGGGAGAUCGACAGCGGCACCAAGGUGGCGAUCAAGCGGUGCAACCCGAUGUCGGAGCAGGGCGUCCAUGAGUUCCAGACGGAGAUCGAGAUGCUGUCCAAGCUCCGGCACCGGCACCUCGUGUCCCUCAUCGGCUACUGCGAGGACAAGAGCGAGAUGAUCCUGGUGUACGACUACAUGGCCCACGGCACGCUCCGGGAGCACCUCUACAACACCAAGAACCCGCCGCUGUCGUGGAAGCAGCGGCUGGAGAUCUGCAUCGGCGCCGCCCGGGGCCUCUACUACCUGCACACCGGCGUGAAGCACACCAUCAUCCACCGCGACGUCAAGACCACCAACAUCCUGUUGGACGACAAGUGGGUCGCCAAGGUCUCCGACUUCGGGCUGUCCAAGACGGGCCCCAACAUGGACGCCACCCACGUCAGCACCGUCGUCAAGGGCAGCUUCGGGUACCUCGACCCGGAGUACUUCCGCCGGCAGCAGCUCUCGGAGAAGUCCGACGUCUACUCCUUCGGCGUCGUGCUCUUCGAGGUGCUCUGCGCGCGCCCCGCGCUGAGCCCCACGCUGCCCAAGGAGCAGAUCAGCCUGGCCGACUGGGCGCUGCGCUGCCAGAAGCAGGGCGUGCUCGGCCAGGUCAUCGACCCGGUGCUCCAGGGGAAGAUCGCGCCCCAGUGCUUCCUCAAGUUCACGGACACCGCGGAGAAAUGCGUGGCCGACCGCAGCGUCGACAGGCCGUCCAUGGGCGACGUCCUCUGGAACCUCGAGUUCGCGCUCCAGCUGCAGGAGAGCGAGGAGGACACCGGCAGCCUCACGGAGGGGACGCUGUCGUCGUCCGGCGCGUCGCCCCUCGUCAUGACCAGGCUGCAGUCGGACGAGCCGUCGACGGACGCAAGCACCACCACGACGUCCACGACCACGAUGAGCAUGACGGGGCGGAGCAUCGCGAGCAUGGACUCGGACGGGCUGACCCCGAGCGCCGUUUUCUCGCAGAUCAUGCAUCCGGAUGGCAGGUGAAGUUGGACUGUGACGGUCCCUCUGCGGAUUCAUGGACAACAUUCUUGGUCCACAUUCAUGUUGCAGGUGCUAGUAAUUACUGUAGUAAUUAGACUGCUUAUUAUAGUAUGAUGAUACACACCUUAUGGUAAUUCAGGUACGGAGUCACUUAUUAGGACUCUGUAUGUAUUGUAUGUACCGGACAUCAACGUCAUUGUAACUGUAUAGAUGUCGCCGAGGCAGUGGAGCUGCGCUUCUUAUUACUA